AUGGCAACAUAUCUCAUCACCGGCGCGUCGCGCGGCCUUGGCCUAGAGCUUGCGGCCCAGCUGGCCGCAUCGCCCCCGUCCGAAGUCAGCCUUGUAUUCGCCACCGCGCGAGAUAUCAGCGCCAGCGGUCUAAUAGGCCUGGCGAAAAAGUUCUCAGAAAGAAUCGUUCCCGUUCAGCUGGACCCCAGCGACCCGGAGAGUUUACGCGCCGCGGUUGCACUAGUCGACAACCAUCUUCGAAGUAGAGGGCUGGACGUGCUCAUCAACAAUUCCGGGGUGCAACCUAUCACUCCUGGAAAAAUUGAGAUGGCUUCGAGCACCCUAGGAUCAAUCUCCCUCAGCUCCCAGUUCUCAGGGAGUCCAGCCCACGCAUACAAGAUAUCCAAGGCCGCGAUGAAUAUGAUGACAGUGCAGUACGCCCUUCAGUACGCAGACGAGGGGUUCACCGUGUUUGCGGUCAGUCCUGGUGUAAGCCCUCACCCCUUUUCCAGACUUCGGCGAGCCUCAGAAACACUAACAGCAUCAACUAAGUGGCUUCGCACAGAUAUGGGUGGCCAGUGCGCCGACCUCCCUGUCGAAACAGGCGCAGAGCAAGUUCUGAAGUGCGUGAAUAAUGUUGGAAAAGAACUCAACGGGCGCUUUCUGAAUAUCCACGUUCCUGGCUGGGAGAAUGCACCAGGUCCAAAUCAGUACCCGGGAGGUGAUGCGCCUUGGUAG